AUGGCCCUUUUGAAGAACACCAUAACAAAAUUGACGGCGUUUGCCGGGCACAGGGGCAUCGCCUCCUUGAGCGCCCUCUCGGAGACCCACCAGAUGCUGCAGAAGACCUGCAGGGACUUCGCCGAUGGCGAGCUGAAGCCCAUAGCGGCGAAAUUGGACCGCGAGCACCUCUAUCCCAGGGACCAGAUCAAAAAAAUGGGCGAACUCGGCCUGAUGGGCAUGACCAUACCGGAGGAGUUCAACGGUAGUGGGCUCGAUUACCUGGCGUAUGCUAUAGCAAUGGAGGAAAUAUCCAGAGGAUGUGCUAGUGCAGGUGUAAUCAUGUCGGUAAAUAAUUCCUUGUACUUGGGGACGAUACACCAGUGGGGAACAAGGGAACAGAAGGAAAAAUUCAUUGUGCCAUUUACGUCCGGAGAAAGGGUAGGCAGUUUCGCGUUAUCGGAACCAGGAAAUGGUUCCGACGCAGGCGCAGCUUCGACCAUCGCCAAAGAGGAAGGGAAUCAUUUCGCAUUAACCGGCACGAAAUCCUGGAUUACCAGCGGUUACGAAAGCGAGGCUGUCGUAGUUAUGGCCACAACGGACAAAAGUUUAAAACACAAAGGAAUAUCCUCGUUUAUCGUUCCCAAACCGAUAGAAGGACUCGAAUUGGGGAAAAAGGAAGAUAAAUUGGGCAUCAGGGCGUCGUCCACUUGCAAUUUAAUAUUUGAUAACUGCAAAGUUCCCAAGGAGAAUUUAUUGGGUAAACCAGGAAGCGGAUUCAAGGUGGCUAUGAUGGGACUGGACGCAGGAAGGAUAGGAAUAGCCGGUCAAGCGCUGGGAAUCGCCCAAGCAUCCCUGGAAGUUGCAGCCGAAUACGCCUCUAAGCGUUUAGCGUUCGGUACACCCCUCACGAAGCUUCAGAUCAUCCAGCAAAAACUAGCCGAAAUGGCCGUUCGUUUGGAAUCCGCGCGAUUGCUAACGUGGCGGGCGGCUUGGCUAAAGGACAACAAGAAGCCCUACACGAAAGAGGCCGCCAUGGCGAAGCUGGCCGCUAGUGAAGCUGCCACGUUCCUCAGCCACCAGUGUAUACAAAUUUUGGGCGGAAUGGGGUAUGUUUCGGAUAUGCCAGCAGAGCGCCAUUACAGAGACGCUAGGAUUACGGAAAUCUACGAGGGGACGUCGGAAAUCCAAAAACUCGUCAUCGCUGGGAAUCUGAUCAAAGAACUCGGAUUGAAUUGA